CCUCUGAUCGCCCGAGUCUCACUAAAGCAGAUUUCAGCGGGUGAAGGGGUUCUUCCCCACGAUCACGGAUCGCAACAUGGCGACAGAGUUUCAUAACCUACAGGAGUUGAGGAACAGUGCAUCUCUUGCCAACAAGGUGUUUAUCCAGAGGGACUACAGCGAAGGGACCACGUGCAAGUUUCAAACAAAAUUCCCAUCUGAGCUGGAGAACAGGAUUGAACGGACUUUGUUUGAGGACACUGUGAAGACACUGAACAACUUUUAUGCAGAGGCAGAAAAGAUUGGAGGCCAUUCCUACCUGGAGGGCUGUCUGGCAUGUGUCACGGCUUAUUUGAUCUUCCUCUGCAUGGAGACUCGCUAUGAGAAGGUGUUGAAGAAGAUAGCUAAGUACAUUCAAGAGCAGAAUGAGAAGAUCUACGCUCCCAGAGGUUUGCUCAUCACGGAUCCAAUUGAAAGGGGGAUGCGUGUUAUUGAAAUAUCCAUCUAUGAAGACCGAGGUUCCAGUGGCUCCAGCUCCGGCAGCAGUUCUGUGUCCGGUAGCACCGCUCGAUGACUAGGUGCAAAGCUUGCCCUGCAGGAAAACUUAGGACAAUAAUAACACCCAUAUUCCAACAGCCUUCCCGUUCACACUGAGCACUCACCAGCCUCCAUAAAAAUAUUAGUGUCCAUGACCGCUCAUCACAAACAUUGCUCCACUGCAGACAAGACCCGCACUUUGGUGUUUUUUUUCUUAAAGAUGUGUACAUGUAACAAUGCUAUUCAAAUAGGAUUUACAAAAUCAAUGUAUCAAAGUAAAAAAAUCAAGGAAAAGAAUGGUCCCAAAAGGGUACAUAUGCUUUGCUGUCAUAAAAUGAAGCCCCAUAGUGUACCAGCAUUGUAACUACAAUGAUUUGUACCUUUGUGAUUUCUAUAUCUUUAUGUUCUUGUCAAAAAUUGAAGUAGCUCUGAAUUGUUGAACCUAAUGAAAUCAAUUUAGGAACAGCAGUUAACAUACUUUGCUUUAGAUUGUAGGAGAAGUCUGGAUGCUCUAAAAACAUAUGCAAGCAAGUCUCAGAACAAAUAUUAGCCAAUAUACAAACUUAUUUUCCUAUUAGAAGCUAAAUUAACCACAAACAACAAGCUUAUAGAUUGGUAAAAAUGCUCUAAUAUUUACUGCCAAGUCUUGCAAUACCAAAGAUUCUGAAUGGCUGAUAAGAAGCCAGUUCCUGCUUUGCACCGGUUCUUUAGCCUGGCCAUCCAUACUAAUUUAGCCACUCUACAAAAUAUAUUAGACUUAAUAGGAGCAGGUAGAGCCUGGUUUCAAAUGCUUUUAAUAGAGUCAGCAGAACCAGUUUAGAAUUAAUCAGAAAAGAUGUGAUGCAAAAACCUUUUUUUUGUUUGUUUUUUUAAGGAAAACCUCUUAUAGCAGACAAUUGUUAAAAUUUAAAUGAUAUUUACCGCUAAUUAAGGGCAUCAAUAGAUCACUCCAUUGUAGCUGCAAAAGCUGGAACGAAGCUUGUAUUGCAAUCUCAGUACAUACAAACUCUUGAUGUCCAUGAAAAACCUUUCUGGGGCUUUAUCAGAUUGAAAUUCUCCCCAAAAACAUUUUGGUUGAAUUUAGAAGGAAAGCAGUAUGUUCCUUUUUAUGUUCAAUGGAAAUUUGGAAAGCAUACAAAAGCAGAAAACAUUGAGCAAAAACAAGUAAAACUUACUGAAAUAGAAGACUAAAAUAAAAGUUAAAAGCCAAAAAUUCAAGAACUAAACAGCAUAGAUUUAUGUCCAUUAAAUACAUGAACAGAUACUAAAAACGCAAGGUUAAAGCCUGAAGGAUAAAGAACCUAAGCUCUUACAGCAAAGGCUGUUUGGGUGCACUGCAAAAAGCUUUGAUCGCAAUUACUAUUUUAAACAAUUUUCAAUUAUAUAUUAUUAGACUUUGUGGAGUUUAAAUCCUACUUUACAUUUAAAAUAUAAUAAACAAUCCUUUAUUGAUUCAGAGUGGGGGAGUUACAGCUACAGUUAGGAGCAAGGAGCAUCCUCAGACAAAGGAGGCCUUCUUGAAUACCUUAUCUAACUGCCUUCUCUCAGUUGAUAAGCUACUGGCCCCUAAAUAAACGCAGGGUCAAAAAAGUGUACAGAAGUACCCCCUGGACUCCAAAACAUUUCAGCCCUCUUAGGAGGUAGAUUCUGCUCCGACACUUCCUGAAAGACCUUCCUUUUUGUGACUCCUGUUUAUUGUUCAGGUGAAAACCCAGCUGGAUUUAUUAAUAAGGCUCAGAGGUCAAAAAGGCUGGUUAGUGGAUUCCACAAACAUUGAGUCCCACUAAAAACAUUAUUACAGUGACAUGGCUCAAUGGCUAAAGAAAAGCCAACAUGUCCUUAACUAGUUUUUUAAGAACACCUGCUAGUGAAAGAACUGGUUCUGGUUUUGGUUUAGCUUUGAAACCAACUUAGAGAAAAAGCCUUUUUUUUUUUUUUUUUUGACGUAAGCGUGUACCUAUAUGUUGGAUUAGUUUUGACAACAAUUGCUCAAUGGGACCAUUUUUUACCUCUCUUUUUCUUUUAGAAGUGUUCAAAAGGAUCUAAAAAGUCUAUACAGCCAUAUUUUCUCCAUCUGACUGCACCGUUUCUUAACUUUCCGCCCUCUUCAAGGAAAGACACAAAGAGAAAGGUGCCAAGCCAAAUACAACCACAAGCUUCACCUAACCUUAUACCUCAACUUACACCAAGUAGCUGCACAACAAAGAUCCCCUUGCCAAUCCGGAUGCUUUGCUGACCUCAUUCAAAUUAGCUCUGCACAUCGGGAAGAGGAUUUUUGUAAACAUUGUGUUUUCUGUGAUUCAAACUGACUCCAGAGACAUUUUUACUCAGUGAAAAGUUCACUUGCCAAAACCUCACAUGACCAGUGUUGAGAAUUUCCCUUUUCUUUGACCUCCUUUUUAAACACUGCGCAAAGGCAGAUGAAUGUCAAACUAUUCAAGUUUAUAAUGUAGCAGAUUCUCUGUACUUUUCACUCUUAAAUCUUCAUUUUUCUUUUGAAGGCAUGCAGACACCUGCAGUUUAUGAGAAGCAACCUUCUCUGUUUUAAUGAGCCAGACUCUUCCUAUAAUUAGAUUAUGCAAGGACUCACUGUGAGUUAGGUUGGAUGUAAGGAGGGGAACGAUGGAUCAAAAAGUCUUCCUAAAUCUUUAUUUUAAAGGUACAGCUGCCCUUCCCUGAUUCAUGGACACACUUCCAAAGAACAUUAAAUGUCUAAAGUGAAUGUCACUUUUAUUUUGUGAAAGUACGUGUUUUCAUAUUGAUAGUUGAAACAUGUGGCAUAAAAGUCUAAAUAUGUGUCAAAUAAAACUGU